AUGUUGAAUUAUGCAAAUAACAUUAUUACCAAUAAUCUGCAAAUCUUAAACUAUUGGUUUCAUAUUCAAAAUGGUAUGUACAAGAGAAAAAUGAAGAUGAAAACAUUAUCAAAAAAGUUUGCGUACAAUAAGUUCAAGUUGACAAGCAAAAUCAUUCGUUAUGUUGAGAAAUUACAAGAACAUUUGGAAAAACGUGUAAAAAUCAUUAUCUUGAAUGAAGAAAAUGAAUAUACAGUUGACGGUGUCACUCAUAAUCUCGAUGGUUUUUAUGCAAAAACAUUGACGUUGAAAAUGAACGAUGAUAAGCAUCGAACAUUGAAAGAAAUAUUGAUGAGAAAAACAGGCAGUUAUUACACACAUAUUCUCGUCUUUAAUUACUCUUUAUUUUCUGGUCAGUUUUCAACCGAUGCUAAACGGUCGUUUUUUCUCUCUGCUGUAUUGUUUUACCAGCUAACACGUACAAUGACAACAAAAUCAAUUCGAGUGAAAUAUAUUCUACGAUGUGAACUUCCUGAAUUAAAAAAAUAUACAAUACCCAUUGACGACAUAUUCUUGUAUGCUAGUAUAUUUCCUGCACCUUAUUAUGAUUGUGGAAAUAUGUUUCAACAUUUAUUUUAUAUGAGUGAAGUACAUCUAGAUGUUGGUAAUGAUGAAACAAUGAUGAAUGAACUCAUACUCAUCAAACCAUCAGGCAAACCAAAAUGGAUUGAAGACGAUUUAUUUCGACAAUUUGAAAAAAAUAAUUAUGAUUUAGCAGUAAUAAGAGAUUUUAUGAUGGCAUGCGAUGUUUAUCAUCCAUAUAGCGAUCAGCUUAUAAUCUUAACCGACGUAUGCUAUAUCUAUCAACCAUCAACUAGAUAUAAGUCAUUUAGAAUGCAUUAUUCGAAUGAAGUAAUACCGUUAAAACAUGGUUAUUCGCUCGGUAUGUCUGCUCAAGCAGCGUUUGUUAAGGAACUAUCAACAACUCCUCCUUUUUUGAAAGAACGUAAGCAUUUAUUAAGAAAAACAAAUGUUAUUUAA